GGCUCUCAGAGCCCGGUGCGUCCCGUCCCGGCAGCGACAGGGUCCGCCAUGGCCGCCCAGGACGAGCUGCUGUCCCUCGAGCUGCCAGAGGAGUCAGAGGCACUGUCAAAGACCCCUGACCCCAAAUCACCCCCCACGACCGUGCCCGAGACCCCCGAGCUCGGGGACCAGGGGGACGACGCUGACACGGCUGAGCUGCUGGGGGGGCAGCGGCUGCCCCGGAGCUUCUGGACCUUGGAGUAUUACCAGGUGUUCUUCGACGUGGACACGCAGCAGGUGCUGGAGCGGAUCAAGGCCUCGGUGACGCCGAUACCGGGCAAGAACUUUGUCCGUCACCGGCUGCGCAACAACCCCGACCUGUACGGCCCGUUCUGGAUCUGUGCCACGCUGGCUCUGGCUCUGGCCGUCAGUGGGAACCUCUCCCAGCUCAGCGCCCUGCGGGGCCACCCCGAGCGCCGCUACAGCCCCCACUUCCACCACGUGACGGUGGCCGCCACCCUCAUCUACUGCCACGCGGGGCUGGUGCCUCUGGCGCUCUGGGGGUUCCUGCGCUGGCGCCGGGGGGGUCCUGGGGCUCGGGGCUCCUUCAGCCUCCUGGAGACCCUCUGUGCCUACGGAUACUCCCUGUCGGCCUACGUGCCUGCUGCGGUGCUGUGGGUGGUCCCUGUGCCCUGGCUGCAGUGGUCCCUGCUGGCCCUGCCCGCCCUGCUCUCGGCCUCGGCGCUGGCCGUCACCUUCUGGCCGCCCCUUCGCGCCGGCGGCCGCGUCUCGGCGGUGGCCGCGGUGGCCACUCUGGUGGCCCUGCACGCCCUGCUGGCCGUGGGCUGCAAGCUCUAUUUCUUUCAGGCGCCCACGGCGGGACCGGGGGGGGCCCAGGGAGCUGCCCCCCACCAACGUGUCCCACCCUGCUCGCUGAGCCACCCAGCUCAAGCUCCGAAAUAA